AUGGAAGACCAUAGGACAGUGACUAAACUUCUAUCAGUAAAUGCUUUUAUGGCUACUAUUGAUCUUAAGGAAGCAUACUUUUUAGUCCCCAUCGCCAAAAGUUGCCGCAAGUACUUAUGUUUUGCUUUUGAUGGUAAAAUCUAUCAUUUUAAUGUCUUACCAUAUGGUCUAUCUGUUGCUCCACGUAUUUUUACAAAAAUAAUGAAAGAAGUUAUGAAUCAUCUGAGGUCCAAGGGUUAUAGAUCUGUUAUAUACCUUGAUGACAUUUUAUGCAUCGGUGAUACGUUCAGUGAAUGUGUCAGAAAUGUCACAGAAACAUUAAAUUUAUUAGAGCGCUUAGGUUUUGUCGUUAACUGGGAAAAAAGUAUGUUAUUGCCCCAACAAAACUGCAGGUUCUUAGGAUUCACGUUUAAUACCGUUGAAAUGUCACUAGGCUUGCCCGUAGACAAGAGAAAUAAGAUCUCUAAGUUGAUAAAUAUUUAUUUAACGUUACCAAAAUGUACAAUUCGAGAAUUUUCACAACUAAUUGGUGUACUUGUAGCAGCAUGCCCAGCUAUAAAAUACGGUUGGCUAUACACACGAAGUCUCGAAAGAGCAAAAUUCUUAGCCUUACAACAGAAUGAUGAUUACAGUACAAAAAUUAAGCUUUCUAAGGAUAUUUUACCUGAUCUACGAUGGUGGAAUAAUAACAUAACUUCGUCUAAUAACUCUCUAAGACCACAAGAUCAAUUUAUGUUAGAAAUAUUCUCAGAUGCGUCGAAGACGGGUUGGGGAGCUUUCUGUAAUGGAAAUCGGGUAAAUGGGGGAUGGAAAGACAGUGAACUUUCCUUACAUAUUAAUUACCUAGAGCUAUUAGCUGUAUUCAUGGGACUUAAGUGCUUUGCUAAGAAUCUUUCAAACGGCUCUAUUCUGUUACGUGUAGACAACACAACAGCAAUAUGCUACAUUAAUCGAAUGGGUGGAAUUCAAUUCCCACACUUGAAUGAUCUAGCUAGGUCUAUUUGGCAGUGGUGUGAGAAGCGCAAUAUCUGGUUAUUUGCUUCAUAUAUAAAUUCUCAAGAUAACAUCGAAGCUGACCAAGAAUCUAGAAAACUUAAUAUUGAUAUAGAGUGGGAACUUUCAACAUGGGCAUUUAAUAAUAUAAAGGAAACGCUAGGCACACCAGAUAUUGACUUGUUUGCCUCUCGAGUCAAUGCUAAAUGUCAACGGUAUAUAUCGUGGAAAAAAGACCCAGACGCAAUCUCUUCACCCGUUGCACCAGACCCUUACCCUGGCAGCUGUGAAGCUCUCCGGUACGCCUUUAAGCACCGCAACGUUCCAAGCGUAGCUCUCGAUCUGAUGAUUUCCUCAAUAUCAGCAAACACUUUAAGACAGUAUAACGUUUCUCUUAAACUUUGGUGGCAGUUCUGUCUGGAACAAAGUCUUAAUGUACUAGAUACUUCAAUAGAAUCAGUAAUAACAUUUCUUACGAAUCAAUUUUAUAAUGGUAGUUCAUACGGCACUAUCAAUACCCAUCGUUCUGCACUAUCGUUAUUCUUAGGUAACCAUGUAGGCUCCGAUGAGAGGAUUAAAAGGCUGUUAAAAGGCAUUUUUAAGCAAAAACCCUGUCGCCCUAAGUAUAUUACUACUUGGAAUCCCCAAGUAGUACUAGAUUACAUUUCUCAGUGGGUUCCUAAUAAAACCCUGAGCUUAGAACGAUUAACUAAAAAGGUGACUGUUCUCUUAGCAUUAUGCACUGCUCAUAGGGUACAAACCUUGUCUCUGAUAAAGAUUGAAGAUAUCAUAAAAUCUUCCGACGGAAUUAAAAUAUUAAUAACCGAUCUGAUAAAGACGUCUUCAGCUGGUAAAGAACAGCCCCAUUUGUACUUACCUUUCUUUAAAGAAAACCCUAAUAUAUGUCCUGCUAUGGCUUUAGAAGAUUAUAUGUAUAUCACGAAAGAUUUAAGACCACCCAAUACAAAAACUCUUCUUAUUACAUAUAAAAAGCCUUAUAGAAAAGCAUCCUCUCAGACUAUUAGCAGAUGGAUUAAGCAGACAUUGGCAGAGGGCGGGGUCGACGUUGGCGUGUUUAGCGCGCACAGCACGCGACACGCGUCCACGUCGGCGGCGGCCUCUGCUGGCGUCUGUAUUGACGUAAUAAGAAGAACUGCUGGCUGGUCAGAAUCUUCCAAAACCUUUGCAAAAUUUUAUAACCGCCCAAUUUCAGAUACUGUAUCUAGAACAGGCAGGCUAUUUGCUGAAUCAGUGUGUCAAAUAGUUACAAAUAAUUAA